AUGGAAACAGCAGAGUUAGCAAGAGCGUUUGUCAAUGUGGAAGAGGAAUGCCGGAGGUUGCGCUCUGAAGUUGCAAUCCUCGAGAGGGCCAGGCGCUAUCAGAACGAGGAGCUUUCGUCUUUAACUCUUUCAUCCGAGCAGGGAAAGAUUUUGUCGAAGAAUUUUAAGGGACGCACGAUUUUCAUCCCUAUCGAGGCUGUCGGUGAAGUGAAUAACAAAGCGGGGGAACUUCACUUGUUGGUGAAGGAGCGCGAGCGCCUCCUACGCGAACGGAGUCACCUCGAGGCCGCCCUUCAAGAUGCCACUGUGCGUACGACCCAAGCGGAAGAGGAGAACAACGAGUUCAAAAGGAUCAUUGGGCUAACUGGCGGCGAGACUAUGGCAACCAUAAGGGAGAUGACGGAUGCGGUUGCCCUGAAGAACAAACUGAGGCUCGAUAUCGUGAACGCACUACAGGACCGCGAAGUUAUUCAGGAGACCCUCAAGAAGCAGAACAACUAUCUCUCGAGUAUGGUAAGCGAAUUGUCGACAACCGAUAACAUAGAGAGUGAUCGCGCUAAUGCACUUAACCAGCUUUCUGAGAAGCAGGCAGAAUUGAAGAGUAUCCGUGAUGAGGUGGCGGCGAUGCGGCGCCUCCUGCGUCGGAAGGAGGCCUUGCUGGAGAAGGAGAAACCUGUUGAUGAGUUGGCCCUCAUCAAGAGCGCCGAGACGGACCGUACGGUGGCACUCUACAAGCUUGACAAGGAACGUGAGGCUGUUCGUGUCAAUGAUUUGUCUGUUUGCCACCGAGCAGCGCAGAUCGCCAGACUGGAACGACGUAUUGAGAUGAUAGGUGAUGCAGUUGGGGGCGAUGAGAGCCUGGAAGAGGAGCGUGUCGAUGCAGACCUUGUCGAGCAGUUGCGCAAAGAGAUCAUUUCUCUCUCACGCCUCCACUUUGAUGGCUCCGCGCAUUUGGAGUUACUCGAUUCGGACAUCUCCGACCUGGACAGACGGGCUGCUGGUCUCAUCCGGACGACAGCGAACGUGCGGAAGGAGAUGAAGCGGAUCGGAAAGGAGCACAAGAAGUAUACCAACGCACAGAGGAAGGAACUGGAGGUGGAGCAGGAGGCCACAGAGCAGGAGAUUAAGCAGAUUGAGAAGGAAGUAGAGGCACUCCGCCAGAUGAGCGCCCGCAACGGCCGCUCAAAGCUAAGCCAGUAG